CCUCCUUCAUGUUGAUCUUUUACUUGAUUUGCUCCACCCGCUUGUCAUCAGCUGAUAAAAAGCGAGAAAUGGUUGUCAAGUUGAUGUGAUUUCUUUUAUUUAUGUGAGCAAUUUAUUUUGAUUCCGAAUUAAUUAAUCAUCAUUGUGAUCAUUAUGUGUGCUGAAAGUUAAAGGUGAAAGUUAGUUUAUUACCAAAAGGGAAAUGGAAUCAGUAACAACCGAUACCUUAAGGACUCUGGUGAAUCCUGUGGUCUCGGCACCACCAGAAACACCACCGAUAACAGUUGAGGAAUGGCAACAUCGAUUCAAAGUUGUAAAAAUCGCUUCCAAAGAACCAAUGAAACGCGGUAGAUGGUCAUGUAUGGACUUUAAUGAUCCUCCAUCCAAUAUUUCGAGUUCAAUAAUGUCUGGUAAUACCUCUAAUAGCACCACAACCACCGUGGGAACUUCAGUAAACACCAUUCAAAGCACCGGAACCAUUGGACAAACUGUUGUCACAGGAACACCAUUAGCUCCAGGUACCAGUGGGAUUACAGGUUCUUGUCUAACAACUGCUACUACAUGUGUAACAAUUAGUAGUGGAAUUAAUUGUGCCGAUUCAAGUAAUGAAGAUAAUCAAAUUAACAGUGAGAUGAUUGGACAAGCAACAAAUAACCAACCUGUUUGUAUUGGAGUGAGUGGAGUUGGUUUAACAAAUAUUGAUUCUAAUACGAUUCCAGUGAUUAAUCAAAACACUGAAGGUAUUACGGUGGAUGAAAAGACUUUUGAUCAUUUGAUGUCCGCUGUCAGAGAGGAAGUUGUUGUCCUCAAGGAGAGAAUCAAUGAAUUAACGUCAAAAAUUACACAAUUAGAAUUUGAAAAUGGCAUUUUAAGGACUCAUGCUACUCAAGAAGUGUUAACAUACUUGUAUGGAUCGAAUAACCAAAAUGUUUCUAAUUGAAAUUAAUUAUUUUCUAUCAAAAUCUACACACACACACACACUCUCCUGUAGGUGAUUCUCUUUCUCUCUCUCUCAAUUUUCAUCAUUGUUCCUCUUUCUCUACUAUGCAUUUAAAGAAGAAAAAAAAAUCAGACACAAAAGAAGAAGAAAAAAAAACUAAUCAUGACUCAGUAAACUUUCCAAAUGCCAAUGAAAAUUAACAUUGUAAUCAAAUGGAAAAUGAUGACACGAGUAAUCUAAUUAUAUUUGUUGAUCCCCACAUUCAAUGUAUUCAUUCAAAUAGUGUUUGUUUCACAAUUAAUGUAAAUUUUGUUUAAAUUUUCGAUUCAAUUUCA